AUGGAUCUCCUUCACAGCAAUGGAGUGCUUAUCAUUCAGCAUUUACAGAGAGACUACAGGGCUUACCAGGAUUUUCUUAAUUUUAUGUCACAUGUUGGUGAUCCUCGGAAUAUAUUUUCAAUUUAUUUUCCUCUUUGGUUUCAGCUCAACCAAGUGGUUGGUACUAAAAUGAUAUGGGUGGCUGUCAUUGGUGACUGGUUCAACCUCAUAUUUAAAUGGAUUUUAUUUGACCAUCGCCCUUACUGGUGGGUGCAAGAAACAAUGAUCUAUCCUAAUCAGUCAAGCCCAUGCCUUGAACAGUUUCCUAUAACAUGUGAAACUGGACCAGGAAGCCCAUCUGGACAUGCCAUGGGAUCAUCCUGCGUUUGGUACGUAAUGGUCACAGCAGCACUUAGCUACACCGUUAGAUGGAAAGAUAAAUCAGCUGUUACCCUUCACAGACUAACAUGGUCAUUCCUCUGGAGUAUUUUUUGGAUUAUCCAGAUCAGUGUGUGCAUCUCAAGAGUAUUCAUAGCAACACAUUUCCCUCAUCAAGUUGUUCUUGGAGUGUUUGCUGGCAUUCUUGUGGCAGAAGCAUUUGAGCACACCCCUGCUAUUCAGACUGCAAGCUUGAGAAUGUACAUCAAGACAAACUUGUUUCUUUUCAUCUUUGCCCUUGGCUUUUAUCUAUCCCUCAAGCUUCUUGAUAUUGACCUGCUAUGGUCUGUUCCAAAGGCCAAAAAGUGGUGUGCCAACCCAGACUGGAUAAACAUUGAUACAACUCCAUUUGCUGGAUUGGUGAGGAAUUUAGGUGCACUCUUUGGUUUAGGUCUUGGAAUUAAUUCUGAAAUGUUCCUCACGAGCUGCAAAGGUAAAAAUAGCUGCAAGAUAAGUUUCCGCAUAUUGUGUAUAGCUGCUUCUUUAGCUGCCCUGCAGCUGUAUAAUUUUGUUAAGAUACCUACUCAUACUGAGUAUUUGUUCUAUAUUCUCUCUUUUUGUAAGAGCGCAGCUAUGCCUCUGACUGUAGUUGCCUUGGUUCCAUACUGUGUCCACUCGUUAAUGAGGACAACUGAAAAGAAACUGAAUUAG